CGUUUUAUUCUGUUGCCUAUAAAUCAUGAACCACUCUUUCACCUCUUUCUCGCACAGCCAUUUAUUAUUCUAUUUGUCUCUUUAAAAAAAAAGAGUCAUUCUUUGUCUUUUUGCUUUCUCUCUCAAAUUCUGUCCUGACUUCUCUUGCACCUGCAGAGAAGCCUAGCAUUUGAGAGAGAGACAGAAGGGAAAGUUUGGCCAGGCUCUCCACUCAUGGCCAAGGAGCAAAUUCAGGUGCUAAAUGCACUAGAUGUGGCCAAAACACAAUGGUAUCACUUCACAGCAAUCAUCAUUGCUGGAAUGGGCUUCUUCACUGAUGCCUAUGACCUGUUCUGCAUAUCGCUCGUUACGAAGCUUCUUGGUCGUAUAUAUUACCAUGUUGAUGGUGCAGAGAAGCCUGGCACACUGCCUCCAAAUGUGUCAGCUGCUGUUAAUGGUGUUGCUUUCAUAGGAACACUUUCUGGGCAACUCUUCUUUGGCUGGCUCGGUGACAAAAUGGGCCGUAAAAAAGUCUAUGGCAUGACCCUGAUGCUGAUGGUGGUAGCCUCCAUCGCUUCCGGUCUUUCUUUUGGACACGAUCCAAAGACCGUGAUGACAACUCUUUGCUUCUUCCGAUUCUGGCUUGGUUUUGGUAUUGGUGGAGACUACCCACUUUCGGCUACCAUAAUGUCUGAGUAUUCUAAUAAGAAGACCCGUGGUGCCUUCAUAGCUGCAGUGUUUGCAAUGCAGGGUUUUGGAAUUUUAGCAGGAGGUAUAUUUGCAAUCAUAAUUGCUUCUGCAUUCAAGGCCAAGUUUGAUGCUCCAGCAUACGAGGUUGAUCCAUUAGGCUCAACUGUUCCACAAGCAGACUAUGUUUGGAGGAUAAUUCUAAUGGUAGGAGCAAUCCCAGCUGCAAUGACUUACUACUCGAGAACGAAGAUGCCAGAAACCGCACGUUAUACCGCCCUGGUUGCAAAGAACACGGAGAAGGCUGCAGCAGAUAUGUCUAAGGUCUUGCAUGUGGAGAUUCAAGCUGAACCAAAAAAGGAGGUGACACAGCAACAAAGUAACUCAUUUGGAUUGUUCUCUAAGGAGUUCCUCAGGCGCCAUGGACUGCAUCUACUCGGAACAACCAGCACAUGGUUUUUGCUUGAUAUUGCAUUUUACAGCCAAAAUCUCUUCCAGAAGGACAUCUUCAGCGCAAUCGGUUGGAUCCCUUCUGCAAAGACCAUGAAUGCCCUUGAAGAGGUUUACAGAAUUGCAAGGGCUCAAACUCUUAUUGCUCUUUGCAGCACAGUUCCGGGUUACUGGUUCACCGUGGCAUUCAUUGACAGGAUUGGAAGAUUUGCUAUUCAGUUGAUGGGGUUCUUCUUCAUGACAGUGUUCAUGUUUGCUCUUGCCAUUCCCUAUGAACACUGGACUCACAAGGAGAACAGAAUUGGGUUUGUGGUGAUGUAUUCGUUGACCUUCUUCUUUGCAAACUUUGGGCCUAAUGCUACCACAUUUGUUGUGCCAGCAGAGAUCUUCCCAGCUAGAUUGCGAUCCACUUGCCACGGAAUAUCAUCAGCAUGCGGGAAGCUUGGAGCUAUGGUUGGUGCAUUUGGAUUCUUGUACUUGGCUCAAAACCAGGACAAGAGCAAAGCAGAUGCAGGGUACCCUGCUGGUAUUGGUGUGAAGAAUUCACUGCUUCUAUUAGGUGUUGUGAACAUUCUGGGCUUCCUCUUUACUUUCUUGGUCCCAGAAGCAAAGGGAAAAUCUCUGGAGGAGAUGUCUGGUGAGCAAGAAGAGGAAGUUGAAAGUUAAACCAAGGUCUAAUAAUAACCACGGCUUACAUUACAACAAUGAAAAUAAUGUCAUAGCCUUAGGUUAUGAUCAUAUGUUGCUAGAAUAAAGCCUUGUUUUCAAUUAGGCGACUGUGUUAUUAAAGUUUUCUAGUCUCAGUUUCUCUCUCUGUAUAAUUUUUCUGUUAUUUUGUCAUAGGCACCUGAAGCACUGUAUGCUCUAUGAAUAUUGGGCGAUAUAGAUAUUUGAAUGUGUAGUUCCUCUUGUUUUUGGAUCAACAA